CGAGAUGAAUUGAUGAUGAUACUCUAAGUGCAUAUUGUUGGUUGGGUUUGAUUCUGGUCCUCUUCUCUAUUCUCUUCAGUACUUUGAGCUAGCUAAUACUGCCCUAUUCUUAAUUCUGGGGCGAAGGAAAGCAAGAGAAAAUUAACAAUGAGCUACUUGGGUGUGGGUGUUAGUCCUGGGAAUGUCCCUGUGUCUCACAGCAGCUGCACCCCAAAUCCUAAAGUGAUCGAUCGGAGAGUGAGAAUGGCAGAGUUAGUCUUGAGGUUUCUCAUCUGUGGUCUCGGACUCGCUGCUGCGCUUCUUGUGGCCACUGACACUCAAGUCAAAGAGAUCUUCAUGAUCAAGAAGAAGGCCAAGUUCACAGACAUGAAGGCUCUUGUGUUCUUGGUGAUAGUCAAUGGAAUAGCCGCUGCCUACUCUUUGCUGCAAGCACUGCGCUGUGUUAUAAGCAUGGUUAGAGGAAAUGUCCUUUUCAGCAAGCCCUUAGCUUGGAUGAUUUUCUCAGCUGAUCAGGUGAUGGCGUAUGUGGCUGUGGCUGCAGUAGGAGCUGCGGCACAGUCUGCGGCGUUGGCCAAGUUGGGGCAGUCGGAGCUGCAAUGGAUGAAGAUCUGUAACAUGUAUGAGAAGUUCUGCAACCAAGUUGGGGAGGGAAUAGCGAGCUCGGUGUUGGUUGGUCUCAGUGCAAUCCUCAUCGCUUGCAUUUCUGCUUUCAAUCUCUUCCGAUUGUACGGUGGCAACAAGAACAAGAGCAGCUCCAGGUGGUAGUAGUAGGUCGAUAAGAGACAUCAUGGCAUAAAUCUGUUAUACAUGGAACCACCAACCACCAGUGUAACUAAAAACUUUACUACUCUACCUACCCUUGGUCGCCCUUCAAAUCCAUCCCUAUGUCGAUCUUAUAUGUGUGUGAUGAGCUGAUACUGAUGAAUGAUGGUCAUGUAAGUUUAGGCUUUUAGCUACCUUUCACUUCCAUAAUAAAAGUGAGUUCAAGUUUCUGUA